GAGCAGCGCCCGCACGUGAGCCACGCGGAGCUGGUGGGCCGCGGAGGGUCCGCGCCGCCGCCCGGGCGCCUUCUUCUGCUCUUCCCGAGUCCCUCGCGGCCCCCCUGCAGCCAUGAAGACGAAGCCGGUGUCCCACAAGACCGAGAACACGUACCGGUUUCUUACAUUUGCUGAACGAUUGGGGAAUGUGAACAUUGAUAUUAUUCACCGUAUCGAUAGAACGGCAAGUUAUGACGAGGAAGUUGAAACUUACUUCUUUGAGGCUCUGCUGAAAUGGAGAGAACUGAACCUUACAGAACACUUUGGGAAAUUUUACAAAGAAGUCAUUGACAAAUGCCAGUCUUUCAAUCAAUUGGUCUAUCAUCAAAAUGAAAUAGUUCAGAGUUUGAAGACUCAUCUACAAAUUAGGAACAGUUUUGCCUACCAACCCCUUUUGGAUUUAGUUGUCCAGUUGGCACGAGAUCUGCAGACGGAUUUUUAUCCACAUUUUCAAGAUUUUUUUGUGACUAUUACCUCCAUCCUGGAGACUCAGGAUACAGAGCUGUUGGAAUGGGCCUUCACCUCGCUGUCGUAUCUUUACAAGUACCUGUGGAGACUGAUGGUAAAGGACAUGUCCAGUAUAUACAGGAUGUACAGUACCCUUUUGGCUCAUAAAAAACUACAUAUAAGAAAUUUUGCUGCUGAAAGCUUUACGUUUUUGAUGAGAAAGGUUUCUGAUAAAAAUGCACUUUUCAAUUUAAUGUUCCUUGAUCUUAAUGAACAUCCGGAAAAAGUGGAAGGGGUUGGACAGUUGCUUUUUGAAAUGUGCAAAGGAGUUCGAAAUAUGUUUCAUUCCUGUACAGGCCAGGCUGUGAAGCUAAUUUUGCAGAAGCUGGGACCAGUUACUGAAACAGAAACGCAGUUACCAUGGAUUUUAGUUGGAGAAACACUCAAAAACAUGGCCAGAUCCAGUGUAGUCUACAUCUACAAGGAACAUUUUGGUAUUUUUUUUGACUGUUUGCAAGAAUCACUCUUGGAGCUACAUAACAGUGUGACAAAAACAAACUGUUGUGAAACUUCUGAACAAAUUAAGCGACUGUUAGAAACAUACCUGAUACUUGUGAAACAUGGAAAUGGAUCAAAGAUCACCAAACCUGCUGAUGUUUGUAAAGUACUGUCUCAAGCAUUGCAAACAACUAAUCUCUCCACAUCUUGCCGAAAAACCCUCUUGGAUGUAAUUUCUGCUUUGAUCCUUGGUGAAAAUGUUUCCUUGCCAGAGACCCUCAUCCAUGAGACCAUAGAAAAAAUUUUUGAGAGCAGAUUUGAGAGACAUCUAAUUUUUUAUUUUUCUGAGGUCAUGUUUGCGAUGAAACAGUUCGAGCAGCUGUUUCUCCCAAGCUUCCUAGUAUACAUUGAUAAUUGCUUCUCACUUGGUGACUCUGUGGUCAGAGAUGAAGCCCUUGCCAUCUUGGCCAAGCUUAUUCUGAACAAAGCAGCUCCUCCUACUGCUGGCUCCAUGGUGACUGAAAAGUAUCCCCUGGAUUUCUCACAACACACAGUGGGGUCCUACUUAAGUCAGAGGAACACUGACUCCAAGGGAAGAAAGGAACAGUUUCCAGUACUGGACCAUCUCUUCUCCAUACUCCAGCUACCCCCAAAUAAAGAUGCUACUUACCUUUCACAUUCUUGGGCAGCCCUUGUAGUGUUACCCCAUAUUAGGCCUCUGGAGAAAGAGAAGGUGGUACCACUGGUCACAUGCUGCAUAGAAUCUCUCAUGACUGUUGACAGAGGGAGCUUUGGGAAAGGAAAUUUAUUUGUUCUUUGUCAAGCUGUAUAUACCCUGCUGAGUUUGGAAACGUCUUCUGAGCUGCUUCAUUUGGUUCCUGUGGAACGAGUAAAGAAUUUAAUAUUAGCAUUUCCAUCGGAGCCAUCUGUGUUGCUGCUGGCUGAUCUCUAUUAUCAGAGACUGGCCUUGUGUGGCUGUAAAGGGCCACUGUCUGAGGACGCACUAAUGGAACUAUACCCCAAGUUACAAUCCAACAUUUCCUCUGGAGUCUCCAAGAUUCGCCUUUUGACAAUAAGGAUACUAAACCAUUUUGACAUUCAGCUUCCAGUGCUGAUGGAGGGUGAUGCCCUCCAGGAGCGGCAGGCAGCCUUCGCCGUCCUGCGGCAGGCCGAGCUCGUGCCGGCCACUGUGAGUGACUACAGAGAGAAGCUGCUGCACCUGCGGAAGCUGAGGCACGAUGCCGUGCAGGCCUUGGUCCCCCAGGGGCCGCUGCAGGAGGUGCCUCUCCGAUAUUUGUUAGGCAUGUUAUACAUCAACUUCAGUGCUCUCUGGGAUCCUGUUAUUGAGCUCAUAAGUUCCCAUGCGCAUGAAAUGGAAAAUAAGCAGUUUUGGAGUGUCUACUAUGAACAUCUAGAUAAAGCAGCUACACUUGCUGAGAAAGAACUGCAAAAGGAUGUAAGUGAGGAGGUGUCCAUUGGAGAUGAAAGUUGGGAGCAGACCCAGGAAGGAGAUGUUGGAGCUCUUUACGAGGUGCAGUUAGCAUUGAAAACUGACUGUCGGGAAAGACUGGACCAUACCAACUUUCGAUUUUUGCUGUGGCGAGCUCUGGCCAAAUUCCCAGAGAGAGUAGAGCCGAGGUCCCGGGAACUUUCUCCACUUUUCUUGAGAUUUAUCAACAACGAGUACUACCCAGCAGACCUGCAGGUCGCUCCAACCCAGGACCUGCGCAGGAAGGGCAGAGAAGUGGGAGCAGAGGAGGUAGAAGAGGCACCUGCCGCUGGAGAAGAGGCAGAGUUAGAGGAAGAAGUGGUGCCGCCAGAUGAGGUCCUGCAGAAGAAAAAGACAAGAAGAGCUGCAGCAAAGCAGUUAAUUGCUCAUUUGCAAGUCUUCUCUAAAUUUACAAAUCCACGGGCCUUAUAUCUGGAAUCCAAAUUAUAUGAGUUAUAUCUUCAGUUAUUACUGCACCAAGAUCAGACUGUGCAGAAAAUAACCUUGGAUUGCAUAAUGACCUAUAAACAUCCUCAUAUCCUUCCUUACAGAGAAAACUUACAAAGAUUGCUGGACGACAGAAGCUUUAAGGAAGAGAUAGUGCAUUUCAGCAUUGCAGAAGAUAAUACUAUAGUGAAGACAGCCCACCGAGCAGAUUUGUUUCCUAUUCUGAUGAGACUUCUGUAUGGGCGAAUGAAGAACAAGACUGGGAGUAAAACUCAGGGGAAGUCUGCCUCCGGCACCCGCAUGGCCAUAGUUCUGCGGUUCCUCGCUGGGACCCAACCUGAAGAGAUCCAGAUAUUCUUAGAUCUGCUAUCUGAACCUGUGAAGCACUUCAAGAAUGGGGAAUGCCAUUCUGCAGUCCUUCAAGCAGUGGAGGCUUUGGACUUGUCCAAAGUUCUUCCCCUAGGUCGUCAGCAUGGCAUCUUAAAUAGCCUGGAAAUUGUGCUGAAAAACAUCAGUCACCUGAUCAGUGCAUACUUACCAAAGAUUUUACAGAUACUGCUGUGUAUGACAGCAACUGUUUCAUGCAUCCUUGACCAUCGAGAAAAGAUUCAUCUGAGGUUUAUUAACCCACUGAAAAACUUAAGACGUCUUGGGAUCAAGAUGAUCACUGACAUCUUUGUAGAUUGGGAAUCUUACCAGUUCCAAACAGAGGAAAUUGAUGCUGUGUUUCAUGGUGCAGUUUGGCCCCAGAUCUGUAGGCUUGGAUCGGAGAGUCAGUACUCGCCAACUCCUCUGUUGAAGCUAAUUAGUGUCUGGAGCAGGAAUGCAAGAUACUUUCCAUUUCUGGCUAAACAGAAACCUGGACAUCCAGAAUAUGAUAUCCUGACUAAUGUGUUUGCAAUUCUGUCAGCAAAGAAUCUCUCUGAUGCCACAGCCAGCAUUGUAAUGGAUAUAGUUGAUGACCUUCUUAACCUUCCUGAUUUUGAGCCCACAGAAACAGUGCCGAGUUUGCCAGUGACUGGCUGUGUGUAUGCUGACAUAGCAGAAAACACAGAUGAGCCUGUCACCGUGGGAGGAAGACUGGUCCUCCCUCAUGUGCCUGCAAUUCUUCAGUAUCUCAGCAAAUCAGCAAUAAGUGCAGAAAAGGUGAAAAAGAAAAAGAACAGGGCACAAAUCAGUAAGGAGCUCGGCAUCCUUUCAAAGAUCAGCAAGUUCAUGAACGAUAAGGAACAGAGUUCUCUACUCAUUACCCUUCUUCUUCCAUUCCUCCACCGUGGCACUGUUCCCCAGGAUACGGAGCUCGAUCUUCUGGUGACAGUGCAAAACUUGUUACAGCAUUGUCUGGACCCCACAACCUUCCUCAGGCCACUGGCCAAACUCUUUUCAGUUAUUAAGAACAAGUUGUCAAGACAAUUGCUUUGUACAGUUUUCCAGAGUUUUUCUGAUUUUGACAGUGAAUUAAAAUAUAUUACAGAUAUUGUCAAGCUUAAUGCGUUUGAUCAAAGACAUCUUGAUGACAUCAACUUUGAUGUUCGCUUCUCGGCAUUCCAGACCAUCACUUCCUACGUGAAGGAGAUGCAGACAGUGGAUAUUAAUUAUCUGAUUCUUGUGAUGCAUAAUUGCUUCUAUAACAUGGAGUUGGGAGAUAUGUCCCUGAGUGACAACGCCAGCAUGUGCUUGAUGAAUAUUAUCAGAAAGCUUGCUGCCUUGAAUGUCACGGAGAAAGAAUACAAAGAAGUCAUUCAUCGUUCACUGCUGGAGAAACUGAGGAAAGGGUUGAAGAGCCAGACAGAGAGUGUUCAGCAUGAUUAUACCCAGAUACUUUCCUGUUUAAUUCAGUCAUUUCCAAGUCACCCAGAAUUUAAGGACUUGGUGCAGCUCACUCACUACCACGAUUCAGAAAUGGACUUCUUUGAGAACAUGAAGCACAUUCAGAUCCACAGAAGAGCAAGGGCCUUGAAGAAACUGGCAAAACAACUUCAGGAAGGCCAAGUUGAGCUGUCUCCUAAAUCUCUGCAGAACUAUAUCAUGCCUUAUGCCAUGGCUCCAAUAUUUGAUGAAAAAAUGCUGAAGCAUGAAAAUAUAACCAUUGCUGCCACAGAGCUCAUUGGAGCUAUUUGCAGACAUCUUUCUUGGCCAGCCUACAUAUAUUACUUGAAACAUUUCAUUCAUGUCCUACAGACAGGAAAAAUCAACCAGAAAUUGGGUGUCAGCUUGCUAGUAAUAGUAUUGGAAGCAUUCCACUUUGACCAUAGCACUCUUAAAGAACAAAUGGGGAAAAUUCAGAAUGAAGAAAUGAACCCAGACGCAGCCGAAGUGUCUGAGUUACUGGAGGAGGAAGCCAUGGAGUUAGAGCCCAUGGGAGAGGAAGAGAAGGAAGGUGUACAUGAGAGCUUAUCAGACAACAAAGAGGCUAUGGGAGCACCUGAUUCAUCUGGGACAGCAGCUAAGGAACCUGAGUGCAUCUCAAAGAUUGUCUCUUUCCUUCCUCGGAACAAGGAAGAACUAGAGAGAACAAUUCAAACUAUCCAGGGAGCCGUAACUGGGGAUAUCCUCCCCAGGCUGCACAAGUGCCUCGCAUCUACGACGAAAAGAGAAGAGGAGCACAAGCUGGUGAAGUCAAAGGUUGUGAAUGAUGAGGAAGUGGUUCGUGUUCCUCUAGCCUUUGCCAUGGUUAAACUCAUGCGGUCCCUUCCUCAGGAGGUGAUGGAGGCAAAUCUGCCCAGUAUUUUGCUGAGAGUAUGUGCCCUCCUCAAAAACAGAGCACAGGAAAUCAGAGACAUUGCACGCAGCACUCUCUCCAAAAUAAUAGAGGAUCUGGGUGUGUACUUUCUGCAAUAUGUUCUGAAAGAAUUACAGACCACCCUUGUCCGUGGAUAUCAGGUCCACGUGCUCACCUUCACCGUUCACAUGCUGCUGCAAGGCCUGUCCAGCAAGCUGCACGUGGGAGAUUUGGACCCUUGUUUAGAUACAAUGACUGAGAUUUUUAACCAUGAAUUGUUUGGUGCCCUUGCUGAAGAGAAGGAAGUAAAGCAGAUUCUUUCCAAAGUCAUGGAGGCACGGAGAAGCAAAAGUUACGAGUCUUACGAAAUCCUGGGCAAGUUUGUAGGAAAAGAUCAGGUUACAAAACUAAUUCUCCCAUUAAAGGAGAUUCUACAAAAUACCACAAGUUUAAAACUUGCCCGGAAAGUUCAUGAAACAUUGCGCCGAAUUAUAGCAGGAUUAAUUGUAAAUCCAGAAAUGACAGCAGAAUCCAUUUUACUGCUCAGUUAUGGUUUGGUCAGCGAGAACCUACCUCUGUUAAAAGAGAAAGAAAAAAGUCCAGCAACCCCUACACAUGAUCCACGUCUGCCUCCCCAGAGCUGCCUUCUGCUCCCCCCAACUCCAGUUCGAGGUGGACCAAAAGCUGCUGUGAGCAGGAAAACCAACAUGCACAUAUUUGUUGACUCUGGGCUUCGGCUGCUACAUCUGAGUCUCAAGACUUCUAAGAUCAAGUCGUCAAGCGAGCACAUCCUGGAGAUGUUGGAUCCUUUUGUGUCUGUCCUUAUAGACUGUCUAGGUUCCAAGGACGUGAAGGUGAUCACAGGGGCUCUGCAGUGCCUGAUGUGGGUCUUGAGGUUGCCCUUGCCGUCCAUAGACAGCAAAGCAGGACGGCUGACAAAGCACCUUUUCCUUUUGCUGAAGAACUACGCAAGACUCGGAGCUGCACAGGGCCAGAAUUUCCACCUGGUGGUAAAUUGUUUCAAGUGUGUGACCACAGUUGUAAAGAAAGUCAAGUCUUACCAGAUAACGGAAAAGCAGCUUCAGGUUCUGCUGGCAUAUGCUGAGGAGGACAUUUAUGACACUUCAAGACAAGCCACGGCAUUCGGUCUUCUGAAGGCAAUUUUAUCAAGAAAGUUAUUAGUCCCUGAAAUUGAUGAUGUUAUGCGGAAAGUUUCCAAGUUGGCAGUUUCUGCACAAAAUGAGCCUGCCAGAGUCCAGUGUCGACAGGUUUUUCUGAAAUACAUUCUUGACUAUCCCCUUGGUGAAAAAUUGAGACCAAACUUAGAGUUCAUACUGGCUCAACUGAAUUAUGAACAUGAGACUGGAAGAGAGUCCACCUUGGAAAUGAUCGCCUAUCUCUUCGACACCUUCCCUCAGGGACUGCUGCAUGAGAGCUGCGGCAUGUUCUUCAUCCCUCUUUGCCUAAUGAUGGUCAACGAUGACUCUGCCCAGUGCAAAAAGAUGUCCUCCAUGGCAAUCAAACUAUUACUCAGUAAGGUCAGCCUGGAGAAAAAGGAUUGGCUGUUUGGUAUGGUCACUUCCUGGUUUGAAGCAAAAAAGAAAUUAAAUAGGCAGCUUGCUGCCAUGAUCUGCGGCUUCUUUGUGGAGAGUGAAGGGGUGGAUUUUGAGAGAAGGCUUGGAACUGUUCUUCCUGUGGUUGAAAAGGAGAUUGAUCCUGAAAACUUUAAAGACAUCACAGAGGAGACUGAAGAAAAAGCUGCAGACCGCCUGCUGUUCAGUUUCCUUACGCUGAUAAGUAAACUCAUCAAGAGAUGUAAUAUUACUCAGCUUACCAAGCCCUCUGAGACUUUGAAUAAAAUCUGGAGUCAUGUGCACUCUCACCUGCGACACCCACACAACUGGGUGUGGUUCACAGCAGCCCAGAUCUUUGGACUACUCUUUGCAUCUUGCCAACCAGAGGAGCUUGUUCAAAAAUGGAAAGCCAAGAAGACCAAAAAGAAGCUCCUAGAUCCAAUAGCAGUCAGAUUCCUAACAAGUGACCUUGUUCAAAAGAUGAAAAGUAUCUCUCUAGCCUCUUGUCAUCAGUUGCAUUCCAAAUUCUUGGAUCAGUCUCUAGGAGAACAGGUUGUUAAGAAUUUAUUGUUCAUUGCAAAAGUCUUGUACUUACUGGACCCUGAAAGCGAAAGUGAGGACAGGCAAGGAGAGAUGCAAGACUUGGGAGAACCGGAAGACUUAGGAGACGGCCAGGCUGGCGCGGAUGGGAAGGUGGGGUCUGACCAAGAAGAGAAGGAGGAGCCCUGCAGGCCAGCCACGCUGCUGUGGCUGAUCCAGAAGCUGUCCCGGGCGGCGAAGCUGGAAGCUGCCUAUUCACCCAGAAACCUUCUAAAGAGAACUUGGAUCUUUAAGUUCCUGGGUGCUGUAGCAUUGGACCUUGGAGCAGACAGGGUGAAGCCUUACCUCCCCGUGAUCAUCGCGCCCCUGUUUCGAGAACUGAACAGCACCUAUGCAGAGCAAGAUCCUUUGCUGAAGAACUUGUCCCAGGAAAUCAUAGAAUUACUCAAAAAGCUGGUUGGCCUCGAGUGCUUCUCGUUAGCUUUUGCUUCUGUACAGAAACAGGCUAGUGAGAAAAGGGCACUUCGGAAAAAGAGGAAAGCUGUGGAGUUUGUAACCAAUCCUGAUAUUGCUGCCAAGAAGAAGUUGAAGAAGCAUAAAAAUAAAAGUGAGGCAAAGAAGAGAAAGAUCGAGUUUCUGCGUCCAGGCUAUAAGGCCAAGAGACAAAAGACCCACAGCCUGAAAGACUUGGCAAUGGUGGAAUGAGGCCUCCCUGGGCUCCCACCUGGAACUUACUCCUGCCCCGGGGUACAGACUUUCUUGUAUAUUCUACUGCGCUGAAGUCACAGCAGAUUUUCUUAUUUAACUUAAACUUUGGAAGCCAGGUGUGCUGGCUGCACAUCUGUAAUCCCAGUACUUGGGAGGAUGAGGCAAGACGGUUGCUCCAAGUUCAAGGCCAACCUGAAUUACAGUUUCAGGUCACCCUAGGCUGCAGUGAGCCCCUGCUUCAAAAAAAAAUAACAGGAGUUAAACGUUGGCAUAGAUUUAUAUGUAUAAUGUAUUUUUAAUAAAAAUGUUUACCACUGUA